AAUUUCGCACUCACUGCUCACUGUGUUGACUGCACUUGUUGUACACAAUGUUUUUUACGGUUAUUUGUAAAGUUGUUUUAUUUUAAAGACCAAAUUUCAUUUUCACCACAGUUUUGCUAGCAUCUGCUUUAGUAUUCUAAAAUGCCUCGAAAGCCUAACAAAAGAAAGUACUUCAAUGCGAAGCCUGAUCAGCAGCGCAAGCGACUUCGAAGGGAAGAGCUGAGCGAAGGUAUGACCGGUUUCCUCAUCAGUACUUCGAAAGGUAACGAGCAGCGAUCGGUGGUGGAGGCUUACGAUCUGCUAAACGAAUAUAUGGACGUGGAGAUGGCGAAACUCUACCCUGACGUAGCCAGUGCACCGUCCACGGCGGCCGAUGCCACUGAAGCGAAGCACGAAGAUGAUUCCGAGGAAGGCCAAUUGAGCGCAUAUCGUACCAGCGCUGGAAUGGAGGAGCGCAAAGCCCGUUUCAAAGCCGUGGAAUCUGGUUGUAAUAAUUUAGUCUUCAUCUCCAGCGCCGUAACAGAUCCUACCCAGUUCGCGCACAAAAUCUUAUGUGAUUUGCACGAGCAGAAAAAAGCGCGUGCCAGAUACAUGCAGCGCUUGCUGCCUGUUGUUGCCACCUGUCGCGCUGACAUUGACACAGUGCGCAGCACCGGAGAAAAAGCGCUAACACGGUAUUUCACCGGUAACGGAAAUCCCAGCUUCCUUAUCUUGUUCAAGACGAGGAACACUUCUCUAACGUUGACACGCGAUAUGAUUAUUGCUACCUUUGGAGAAAUUGUGCGGAAAAUCAAUUCGGAGUGUCGGGCCAAUUUGAACGAUCCAGAUUACGCGAUUUCUGUGGAUGUGAUUAAGAGUAUUUGCUGCAUCAGUGUUAUUAAGGAUUACGCCAAGUUGAAGAAAUACAAUGUACACGUGGAAGAGGAGGAUCAGGAGGAUCGUGUAAAAGUUGGCCAAAAUUAUGAGGACGAGGCUUCCGGAUUUAAAAGACACGCGCCAGUAGCGAAAAGUGAAACUCAACCAGCUGUCACAAAUGGCGAUGCGCAAGGAGCGGAAGCUGAACAUACUGCUGAUAAAGAUGCUUCUGUUGUUGGAGUAUAAUUACAGCUUUGUUUUUUUUAUUGUUGAUUAUGAAUUGCACUGCAUGCUCUCGGGAGGUUCUGUUUGGGGGUUGAUGAAUUGGUUCCGUAAUUGCAUUAGCAAGUUUUGCGUUUUAUUGCGCGAUUUACUACGCAUUAUUUGACAUCCGUUUGCCACUUCACAUGCUUAUCUUUCACUUGUUCAUCACAGACGAGAAUCACAAUAGUCAAUAAAAAAUUUAACGAUU